GAAACAACACGCUACCUCAUAUUUAUUGGUACAUUUCCAUUAUCGUCUCCUCUCUUCUUUAAAUUACUUUCAACUGACCAUCUCUUCUGGUUCAGUUUCCUAUUAACAGGGCGGAAGGCUGGUCGUCAACCAAUAGAACCGAUAUGUAUUUAGGCACAUGCAUAAACUAUCUUCUCCUCUCAAACAAUAAAUGAUCCUGAGUACUGAUCGACGAAGGAUCUCUUUCCCACAACUCUCUCCCUUCUCCUGGUCUUUCACCAUUGCUGAAAAUGGAGCAAUCCCACAUCCUCCCGCUUCUACUGUUUGCUAUGUUCAUUUUGGUCUCCCAGGUCUCUUCUGAGCCAAGAGGCCUUCGGGUCGAUCUAAUCCAUGUUGAUUCGAAGGGCAAUUUCUCCAAGUUUGAGCUGCUGCAACGCGCAGCCUUGAGGAGCAACCAUAGGAUGGCAAGGCUGAUAGCCAAGACGACAAAGGCCGUGGACUCGGGAAGCAAAGUUCAGGCACCAGUCCAUGCAGGCAAUGGCGAGUUCUUGAUGGACUUGGCCAUUGGCACUCCUAGCCUGCCUUUCCCCGCCAUCCUUGACACAGGGAGCGACCUCAUAUGGACGCAGUGCAAGCCUUGCAGUGACUGCUUCGAGCAGCCUACUCCCAUAUUUGAUCCAUCGAAAUCAUCCACAUUCUCUAAGAUUCCUUGCUCCAGUGAUCUCUGCCAGGCUCUUCCCACUUCCGCAUGCAAAUCAGACUGCAAGUACCUAUACUCUUAUGGAGACUCCUCAUCAACCCAGGGUGUUCUGGCAAGCGAGUCCUUCACCUUUGGGUCUUCAGCAGUUUCAGACAUCGCAUUCGGAUGUGGCGACGCAAACCAAGGCGCUGGCUUCUCUCAAGGCUCCGGUCUCGUUGGACUAGGGCGUGGACCUUUGUCACUGAUAUCCCAACUAGGCCUCGGCAAGUUCUCCUACUGCCUCACAUCUUUAGACGAAUCUAAGAAGAGCCCUCUUUUAUUUGGCUCUCUAGCGGAUUUGAGUGGGAGCAAAAAUGAAGUUCAAUCCAUACCACUCGUUAAAAACCCUUCUCAACCAUCCUUCUACUAUCUCAGCCUAAAAGGGAUAACAGUUGGAUCAAUCCAUCUGCAAAUCCCAAGCUCAACUUUUGCACUGCAAGAUGAUGGCACUGGUGGCCUGAUCAUAGACUCCGGUACCUCCAUCACCUACCUGGAAUUGGCUGGAUACAAGAUGAUGAGGAAGGCUUUCCUGUCUCAGAUGAAAUUGCCUGUCGCAGAUGGGACCGAUAUUGGUCUCGAUCUGUGUUUCUCACUGCCAUCCGAUUCAUCAGCUGUGGAGGUUCCAAAGCUUAAAUUCCAAUUUGAUGGUGCUGAUUUGGAUUUGCCGGCAGAUAACUACAUGGUAGUUGAUUCAAGCACUGGUUUGCUAUGCUUAACUGUGAUGCCAUCUCGUGGAAUGUCAAUAUUGGGUAACUUCCAACAACAGAACAUGCAAAUUCUAUAUGAUUUGGAGAAUGAGAUGUUAUCUUUCAUUCCAACUCAAUGCGAUCAGCUGUGAAUUAUCUUGUGCUAAAGUUUGGAUUUUCUUAAUUACUUGAUAUUACUCAUUGUUGUGCCCCAUGUGAAACUAUGUAAAUCUAUAUUGCUCAUUUGUAAUUGCUGAAUUUGUCAUAGAUUGCAUCCCCAUCUAUGAAAUAAUACCCAUUUAUAGCUUCACGAGUUUUCUCUA